CUAAUUGGCUGUCCAUUGCUUUACCACCCAGCCAUAUCCACCUUUAGCCCUAUUUAAACUAUAUGAGCCAAUCUCUGAUCCCUGACGGGGAGUAUGACCUCGAUAUAUCCUGCCUAGCGGUGUCCAGCAACUCGUACCAGGCGAAGCAGGAGCAGCAGCGCAUGGAAGAGACUUUCUCGAUCCGGUACGGGUUUCUUCCCGAUUCCAUGGAUCCCACAAAACCGUUAACGAUAUACAAGAUGCUGGAUGAGGACAACCGAUACGCCAUCAAAGCACCGUCGUUGGACGAAAGCCAGGACAUUUUUUUGGAGGGUGUGGCGCUUGGGGGCACGCAGCCCGGGCUGGCGUCCGAGUACGCCAUGAUCUACGAAGACGGCCAUUUUGUGUUGAAGCCAGUCCAUGGCUCCAUCCGCGCCAGUAAGUCGCGAAACCCCAAGACGUUGGACACAAAGGCGCGAGAAAUGGAAAGGAGCACAGGCACAUCGCCGAAGAAGGAAAAGCUCCCGUUAUCAAAGGCGUCACACCAGAAGGUAUCGCUGAAGCGCUUGCCCUCUGCUGCGAGCACUCCAUCACCAGCACAGGAGGAAGAGGAGGUCAUAAUCCACGACUCGGACUUUGACGACUUGGAUUUCCAGUUUGACGACGAUUCCAAGUUGGUGAUCGAUGAGAAGGCCAGAGCCCCUUUAGCUCCGAAGAUCGAGGUAGCCACCCCGCAGUCACCCUUGAGACACGAGCUCAAGUCGUCACCUACAUUGCCCGUGGCCACCCCGGGUUCCCGACCGGUGCUGACCGUGGCGUCCAAGCGCUUGCUCUCGUCGAACAUCCCAACACCCGACUUUCACAGUGACGACGAGUUUGGUGACAUAGAAAACGAGCUUGAGCAGGUCCUCCAGGAAUCCUCUGAUGAAGAUGAGUUCAAGAUGGAGAUUGACGAGGGAGCCAAAGUGCAUGAGAAGCCCAGGGCUGCGGCUGUGCAGUUAGACACCAGCCGCAACGUUGGCGGGCCCAUCAGUUUACGCGGAUUGUCUGCCAACGGCCGCAGAAAGGAGGAGGAGGACAUGAGCAGCAGUGAGGAAGAGUAGCUUUCCAGAGUUAUGUCCAUGCCCACUCUCAGAUUCAGCCAAUAACUGAAGUCAUACCAUACAUGCUCUUGCCUGGUCGAUGAGAUAUUGAAGUAUACCCAUACAACUAUAACUAGAUUAUAAUAUGAGUAUCGACAGAGAAACCAGGGAUCAAUACCAACCAGGCAUAUAAUGUACGUGC